UCGCGUCGGCAUCAACGUUCAAGUUUGAAACGGGGAGCCAAAGAGAAAAGAACGACCGCGAGGCGCAACGGAAUACAAAAAGCGUCGAAAGAAACACAAGAAUCCAAUCCGAAACCGCUCACAAAAAAUUAAAACGAAUUGCAAACUAAAUAAAUAAAUAAAGCUCGGGAUAUCGGAUGUCGGGCCAAGAUAAAAAUACGCACUAAUGAUAUAUUCAAAAUAUAAAUAUAAAUAUUAAUGCGAACUGCAGCGCAAAGUGCAAAACGCAGCGGACACCACUUGGAGAAAGAGUGAUGUGAUGUCAUAAUAGAACUUUGCCCUUAUCGACAUUGCAAAAACGAUAUCAGCGGAAAAGCGAGGUAAAAGUUAAUAAGCGCCCGCCAACGAAAUCAAAUUGCAAUUUGUGAUAACGAAGCGAGCAUGACGGAGUACACGGAUUACUUGGAAGCCGCCUGGGAAUAUGCGGAGUGGCUGCCCUACCUGCUGGUCACCUACGCGGUGGUCACCCUGCUCCCCAAGUCCCUUGUGCGGAUGAAGCGCUUCGCGGAUGCGGACUACGAGGCGAACAGGAACAGGUUCCAUCGCUGCUAUGGUCCAGAGCUGUGCUGCCAUGUCCUGGCCCAGGAUCAGGCGGCGGGAAAGGUGAAACAGAAGGCCAGGAAACCGGUGACCCGUGUCUAUCCCAAGCGUCAGCAGGUGGUGCCCAAGGCGGAGCUGCCUCCUCCGAGUCCAGCGCCUGUGAAACGCAGCAAUGUGACCAAGAUUGCCAGGAUGUUCGAGACGGGCAACACGCGCCAGGUCAAUCGGGUGGCUCCGGUAACUCUGCCCGAGAUCAGGAUGUUCGGAGCCAGCGAUGAGUCCAGGGAUUCCACGCCGUGUGCCUCGCGGAAAACCAGCAUUGCCAGCCAGCUCUCUGCCCAACUGCAGCACAUUGAGCAGGCGAUGCAUCUGUGGCAGGAACUGGAGGAGGAGCCCGCGAAGAAGUCCACCGCCGGGCACAGCGACUGGGAGCCCAUGGCAGUGCCCGUUCCGAGACGCACCCGUGGCACCUCGGCCACGCCUUCGACAGCCUCACCCCUGUCCAGCUCCCCGGAACCGGAGCACUCCAGCUCCCCGGUACGCCUAAGGAAGCCUCCCUCCCUGUGCCUGCAAACCAGCAUGGAGGACAUCUUCCAGGUGAUCGCCAGGAGUGCCGAGGAGCCCGAGGACUGUCCCGAUUGCCACUGUCUCUCGCCGGUGACCUGCAUCGAUGAUAUACUCUCGGAGCGGAGGUUCUCCCGGCCCCUGUCCGCCUACUCCAUCACCGAUCUCCUCGCCGAGGAGCAGGCCUCCUGUGUGGAAGAGACCACCUACAUCAACGAAACCAGAUGAGGAUCAUAUGGGAAUGGAAGCGCCAUUUUAUAGUGCCAUCAUCUCCCACAGGGUCAGAUUAAAUCCUCUGGAGACCUUGCCAAGCCUCAAGUUUCCUAUAGUCUGCUCCCCCCUGAAUUUUGUUUGUUUAAUCGAUGAAAACUUAAGCAAAUCAAAGUAACAACUCAAAUCGCAAUUGUUCGCAGUCGAAGCCUGUACUUAGUAUAAACCCAUUGUAUAAACGUUUUUUAUUGUCCAGAAUCCCAAAAUUGUCAUUGCGAAUUAUCUCAUUAUAAGAGAACAGUACUGCUAAACUAAUGUCGCUGAUUGUACGUAUUAACUUAUGAAUAAAUAUGAAUUUGUAUGGUAGUAUUACUUAUCGUUAAAUGUAUGUUAUAUGUUAUGAAUAAACAUUGUAUCAAAUGCAACACACACCUAAUAAUAUUCGUAAUAAAGAGAAAAUGCACAGCUGCUA